AUGACAGACUACGUUGAUAUCACCGGAGUGACCGAGGGACGCAAUGGCCCCGCAGUCCCACUACGUACAGAGAUCAAUGAGUUCAUCCAGAACAAGGAUAUGCUCAAUAUCUAUCUUCUCGGAUUGCAGCGCAUGCAGAGUCUCCCAAAGACCGAUAAGCUCUCCUGGUUCCAGAUUGGUGGUAUCCAUGGACGUCCCUACGCAGCUUGGGAUAGUGUUUCAGGUAUUUCUGGUAACAACAGUGGGUAUUGCACACAUUCGAGUAUCCUGUUUCCAACCUGGCAUAGACCAUAUGUUGCUCUGUAUGAGCAAGCACUCUUCGCAAAUUGCAAGGCAGCCGUUCAGGCAUUCCCCGAGGGCCCAGCCAAGACCAAAUACAUGCGUCUCGUUCCAUCUUUCCGCAUUCCCUAUUGGGAUUUUGCUGCAAACCAAAAGCUGCCAGAUAUUGUCCUUAGACAGGAAAAAGUUACUGUCGAAACCCCCACCGGGACAAAAACAAUCAACAAUCCCCUCUACAGUUAUAACUUUGGCACCAUUGAUAGGAGAGAAUUUCCCGAACGCCAAUACUAUACUUGGCCUGCCACUCUUCGCCAGCCGCUGAUCAGAGGUCGGGCUCCAGCUGCCACCGAUAAGAGCAACCCAGACCAGGUUCAGAGAGGUUUGGACAGCAAUUUCAAGAAUAUCCGUGAUCGGAUGUAUGCUCUUCUGACACAGAAUGGCUAUAAGGACUAUAAGGCCUUCUCCAAUGAUGGCUGGGUACGAAACGGCCGUGCAGACGACUAUGACUCCUUGGAAUCCAUUCAUAACAUAAUCCAUGGUAUAACCGGAGGAGAUGGUCACAUGGGCCACCCCGGAUACGCUGCUUUUGAUCCCAUUUUCUGGCUUCACCACUGCAAUGUCGAUCGUAUCUUUGCUCUCUGGCAGGUAUUGAACCCCAACAGCUACGUGACAGAUCAAACAGCCCAAUUCUCUACCUUCUGGUCAAAUGGGAGCCAACAAAGUAACAACCCUACUGUUGAGGGUGUCAACACAGGACUUCUCCCAUUCCACAAGAACGACCGCGAAUACUACACUUCGCAAACAUGCCGAGAGUUGAAGCAAUUUGGCAGUACUUACCCCGAACUCAUCGACUGGGGUGUCGUCGGUCCGACUCAAGUCAAACAAAAUGUUGUAGCAGCUGUCACACGAUUGUAUGGUACACAAGCUCCUGCAGGAAGAAUUGCAGGCAGUAGUUCAGGCACUGGUAUCAUCGCCGCUGCUAUCGCACCUUUUAAGGCUAUGGCUCAGCAAACCGUCGGGAUUCCCCAAACCGAUGGACCUGGGGACGAGGACCAUGCAGGCCACAAACAUGCCGAAGUCCACAAGUCUGAUACCAAAAAGCCCUUUGUUCCUGUAGCUCAGGGCGGUCAUCCGAGCCUCCUUGAGGACAAUCACUAUCACGAGUACUUCGCCGAUAUUCGUGUAGAUAAAUAUUGUCUUGGCGGGUCCUUUAAUGUCCAUGUCUUCAUGGGUGAUUUCAAUACCGACCCGGUAGCUCGUAUGUUGGACAGAAACUUGGUCGGCACUUUCAACGUCUUUGCCAACGACAGUGAUAACACCGGCUGCGGUAAAUGCAAGCAGAACGCAGAAGAAGGGUUGAUUGUUACGGCGUCUAUCCCACUUACCGGAGCGCUGCUGGACCGUAUUCCAGAUAAUUCUAUUCCGGAGUUACAGUCGCUAGAACCCGAUAUCGUUGUUCCGUUCUUGAACAAGAAGCUUCAUUGGAGAGUCAAUAGGCUUGACGGUACAGCUGUUCACCGUGAAGAAGUUCCAAGCCUAAAGGUUGCCAUUGCUACAGCCAUUGUCGAUCUUCCGGACCACGAGAACGACUUCCCAACAUAUCGUGCCUGGAGGCCACUUUACGAUGUCACCCGCGGACGCACCUGUGGUAUCGUUGAAGGCGAUGACUUGUAA